AUGUCUUCUGGGCAUAAUUUUAAUGAAUCAAAUAAUAAUUAUAAUGAAGAUGAUUUUUUUGAAUCAUUGAUCAAAGAAAAUCAACUAGAAAAUCGAGAAGAUGAUCAAUUAGUUGAUGAAUUAUAUGUUGAAGAUGGGGAAUUUUUAAAUCAAGCAACAAAUGAUUAUCAAUAUAAUGCAAUAGAAGAUUCUUACAAUAAUCAAGAAAAUGAAGGAGAAGUUCAAGAAACAAAUUUGGAAUUUCUAAGGGAUCAAACGGAUCCAGAAUCAUUUUUUGAUCAACUUUCUAUAAAUAAAGGAAAUGAAGUACCGCGUGAAAGUAUUGAUACUACUGAGCAUGAAGAAUUUUUACCAAAUGAUGAUUCAAUAGAUGAUGAUUUUCAAGUUUCAGAUUAUGAAUUAAAUCCUUUUAAUCAAUCAGAAAUUUUAAAAUUAGGAGAACAAGAACUACCUGAAGAGGAAGAAGGAGAAGAAGGAGAAGAAGAGGAGGAAUAUGAACCGUUGCCUCAAGAUGAAGAACAAUUGAACUCACGAGAUUCUAAAAUGGAUGAUAAUGAUAGCUUAUUUAAUGAAUCACCUCCAGAUGAAUUAGAGUCAACGGAAUUGGAACGAUUAUUGGAUGAAAAUGAUAAGCCAAAUCAGGAAGGAGAAGAUGAAGAAGUAGAGAUAGAAGAACCAGAAAAAGAAGUUGAUUCAAAAUCAAUAGUUGAUGAUUUAUUCACAAAAGAAAAUGAAGAUGAAUUUCUUCAGGCCUUGGGAGAGAAAAAAGAAAAUGUUGAUGAAAUUGAUAGUACUGUUGAUAAAUUAGCAGCACUUGAUUUAACCUUAGAUGAUGACUUAUUAUUAGAUGAGGAGUUUUUAGACGAACUUCAACCUCAACAACCACAACAACAAGUACCACAAUCACAACAACAACCACCAGUUAAAGAUUGUUCAAAGUAUGCUCCUUCAUCAAAUAAAUACACUGCACCUCUACCCACUCAGAAUCAAACAAAUCAACAAGAAUUUGUACAAAAUUUAGAAAAAUCCAAAAAGAAAAAUGAUGCAUAUGAUUUUCCUGAUGGUUUAUUAACUAAUAAAGUUAGACCUGCUCCUAGACAUACCCCAAAUAAAUAUGCACCAUCAUCUGUUGGUAAUUCUCAAAGUACUAUAAGUACAUUAGCAUCAAAUACAGCAAUACAUGCAAAUGCAAAUACUACUACUUCGAGUGCUGCUCCACCACCACCACCACCUGCAUCGUCAAAUAAUUUAAUUAAGAGUUCUUCCUCAUUAACUUUACCACAGGAGAAGACCAUUCAACCUAAAAAAUCAUUUUUUGAAGAAUUACCAGGAGUUGAAUUACCAAAAGCUAAAACAGCGAGAAAACCAGCACCUGUUAAAUCUGUCAAUAAAUUUCAUCCUAUGUCACCAGUUCAAAGAAGACAAUCAGUCACCACUAUUGGUCCAACCGUCCCACCAAAGACUAAUAAAUCACCACCAGUUAAUCCAUAUAAACCAAAAUCAGGUGCAUCACCAAUUUUUCAACAACAUAUACCUACAGUUGGUCAUACUGGUAUUGCUAAACCUAAUGUAAAUGCAUCCAAUCAAAAUAAUUACGCAGCAGCACCUCCAUCAUCACUAAGUUCUUAUUCUUUUCCACCUUCAGGCAAUUUAGCACCACCAAAACCGCAACAGCAUUAUCAACAACCACAACAACAACAACAACAACAACAACAACAACAGCCAGAAGACAUACCUCCUACAAAUCAAAAAUCAUAUGCACCUAUUGCUUCAGCUCCGGUUAAUUCAAAUUCCCAAGCUGGUAGAAAAAUCUCCAACACCGUGAAUACAAAUCUAGGUAAAAAUCUGCCAUCAAAUAAUAGCCCCUAUGUUCCAAAUGCUGGUCCGUAUGCACCACUGAAUCAACCAAAAGCUCAUUCUAGAGCAGGUUCAUUAGUUGGUGGAAAAGGAGGUAAAGAAGUUAAUCCUUAUGCACCUGUAUUAUCGACAGUUCCAAGUAAUGGCUCACCACAAUUAAAGAACCAACAACCUCAUCCGCAACAACAACCGAAAACACAUGCUAUGGUUCCACCUCCUGGUAGAGUACGUGGUUUUUCAAAUGCUAAAGGUAAUAUAUAUAAAGCAGCACCAAAAAUUGUUAAUCCUGAAGGUUUAGCAUUUAGACAAUUUCCUAUUUUCAAUUGGAGUAUUGCUGAAAAUGUUGUAUUAGUCAAACCAAAUGCUACUUAUGGAGCUCCAGUUAUCUCGGUAGAGCCAAUCAAAACUUAUUGUAAGGAUCAAGAGAUUUAUUUGAAUUUUCCAGGUCCAUUGUCCAAGGGUAAACUGAAGAAGAAGGACAUUUUGAAUUGGUUUGAAGUUUCGUCCAAUUAUUUACAAAAACAUGAUUAUACUGAUGAACUUUUAUUAAAUAAUAUAUUAAUGCAACUUGUUAAAAAUGAUGGAGAUUUAACGUCAGAUGAUUGUUUGAAACAAAUAUGUCUUAUAUUAAAUCCAAAUGUUAAUUUUAAUGUUCAAGACUUACCUGUUUCUGGAGGCACAACUAAUGGAUACAAGUUAGAUAAUUCUGGUAUAAAUACAGUAUUUGCUUUGAUUCAAGCUGGUGAUAUAUCAAAAGCAUUAGAAUAUUCUAUUUCAAGAAACGAUUGGGCAUUAGCAUUAGUUUUAGCAAAUUUUAGUGGACCUGAAAGUUUUGCAAAAAUUGCAUCAGAAUAUGCAAGAAAUACUUUCCCUUUCUCAAAAGCUAACAACAAAGUAUUACAUAUUAUGCCAAUUUUAUUAAAAGUGAUUGGAGGUAAUGUACAAGGUGUUAUUCAAGAUUUAACAAAUGUUUCAAAUGAAGGAGAUUAUGCAAAUUUACAUUGGAAAGAUAUAAUUUCAUCAGUUGCUAUCAGUGGAUCUUUGAAAACAAAAGAAUUUUUAAUUGAAUUUGGUAAAUUCUUAAUUGGUCGUAAUAAUUUAAUUGGAGGAGAAAUUGCAUUCAUAAUAGCUGGAUUACCAUUUGGACAACAAGGAUUUAUGGCAAUUUCCUCAGGACAUCAUUCAAUGUACACUCAAAUUUACGAAUAUAUCUUAAAUUUAUCAACUCCACUGCAAUUUCCACAUUUAUUACCUAUAAAAAUAAAACAUGCAUCAACAUUAGCUGACUAUGGAUUAAUCAAUGAAUCACAAAAAUAUAUUGAUACAAUAAAUUCAAAUUUCAAAUCUUUGGGAAGUAAAUCACCAUUUGUUAAUCAACAAAUUAUCCAAGAAUUUCAAAAUCUUAUUAUGAGAUUAAGUGAAUUAGGUUCAAGUGAUACUGGUGGGUGGUUUGGCGGUAAAAUGAGUAAAGUUAAUCUAGAUAAAGUUUGGGGUCAGAUUGAUAAAUUUAUUGUUGGGGGUGAAGAGGCAAAACCCAAAACUAGUGAAAAUGGUGUAUUUAGUAAAUUUAGUCCAUCAGUUUCAAGAAAUGCAUCGACUUUAGAUUUAGGUACAUUACAAUCAUAUACUUCGCCAUCAAUGAGAGGUGCAGAACAAUUUGAAAGAAAUAGACCAACACAUCCAUCAACAAGUUUCCAUCAUCCAGGAUUAGAUGCAAGUAUGUCUACUACUUCUGUUAGUAAAUAUGCACCUGCAAGUUUAAAAAAUUCACCUUUCCAAAGUCAAACAAAUGAUCGUUAUGCCCCACACUUACCAAAUAAUUCAUCUCAAUCAAAUUUAAUUGAUAGUUCAAAUUCUAUUUUCCAACAACCACAUCAUCAACAACUUCACCACUCAAAACCACAAUCUCCAUUAGCACAAAAAGCUCCAUAUCCAUAUAAUAAUCCAUUAGGUCCAAUUUCAACAUCAUCGAUUGGAUCUAUACCACCUGCAAAUGUACAACCUCACCAUGUUCAAGGACAUGGACAACAAAAUUCUAUAUCAAGUGUUUUAUCUGGUGAAAGUAUGAUAAACGGUCCAUUAAUAUCAACACAAUCUGGUGCUUUAUCUCAUGUUGAAACAAUUAAAGAAUCUCCAGAACUAAAAGCAGGAUCACAAUUACCUCAACAACAAGAACAAUCAAAAGAGCAAGAUGAGGUUCAAGAAUUAGAAAAUGAACCUAUAACAAAAUUCCCACCACCAAUUAAAAAAACUAAAUCUGCUCCACCUACUGCAAGAUCAAAUCCAUAUGCUCCAUCAACAAACUCAAAACCAAAAGCAAGAAGAAGUAAAUAUGGUCCACCAACAAUCGGUGCCGGUAAUAAUAUUUCAGAACUAGGUAAUAAUUCACCAAACAAAUAUGGCCCAUCAUCAACAACAAAUAGUUAUGCUCCAAGCAUAGCUUCAAAUUAUGCACCAUCGAUAGAUCAAAAGUUACCUGAACCUGAACCUGAAGUUUUAGAUGAAUUUGACAGUACUAAUACAAGUCAUCAAACACCACCAUCAAAAUCUUCUAGUAAACAACCUCCACAAUUACCUCAAUUACCACCUCAACAAGAACCAAAUCAAUUAAAACCAAUGAAAAAUAUUCCAAAUAUUGAUGAUAGUUUUGAUCAUGAAACUUCAAUAAUAGAACCAGAAUCAACAAAUAUUUUACAAACCCCAAAACCUAACUUAUAUAAUCUAAACCCUGGACUUUAUAAUUCAACAUUUCAAUCAACUUCGAAUGGUUUAGAUGGUUUCCCAAUACCUGGAAGUCCUGAAUUUACAACUAGAGCAAAUUCAGUAUAUGGUGGUGCAACAAAUCCAAAUGUAUCAGGAACUGCAAAUGGUGGAUUUUUUUCAUCAAGAUUAAGUCAAUUUCAACAAAGUGCGAUGUAUCAACAAUACGAAGUUCAAGAUGAUACAGUCAGAGAUUAUGUUCCAAUUUUAGAGGAAGAUGAAGAUGAUGAAGAAGAUCAAAGAAAGAAAGAAGAAGAAGAACGUAAAGUUAAAGAAGAGGCUAAAAGGGACAAAAAUGCUAAUCAACUGCAGAAGCAACAACUGCAGAAACAUCAACAACAUCAAAAAGAUGGUUGGUUCAAUAAUUGGUUAUCUAAAAAUGAUGGAAAACCAAAACCCAUUAGAGCAAAAUUAGGUGAAAAAGUAAAUCCAUUUUAUUAUGAUGAAAAACAUAAAAGAUGGUUAGAUAGAACAAAACCUAUUGAAGAACAAUUAAAAGCUGGUCAAGCUCCUCCUCCUCCACCAAGUGCUAAAAAAAAACCUACAACAAACACAACAACAAAUAAUAAUUCAAAUUCAAAUUCAAAUGCUUCAGCUCCACCCCCAAUUCCACCAACUGGAUCAACAGCAACACCAUCAUUAAAACCAUCAUUACCUCCAUCAAGUUCAGGUUCAACUAAACCAACACCAAAUAAAUCAAAUUUAGCAAAUGCAGGUAUUGAUGAUUUAUUAUCAAUGUCUGAAACAUCAUUAGGAACUAAUAGAAAAAAUAAAAGAGCUGGUAGAAGAAAUUAUAUAAAUGUUAAUCAAUAA